CAUAAAGCACCUCUGUGGGAGCAGAAUCCAUUCCUCCCAAAGUGACCCGGAAAAGAGGACAUGCCUGUGUGCUCCUCCGAUGCAUCACUCAUAUAGAUAAGUGUAAAGUUUGGAGUUGAACACCAUGUGACGGGCUGGUACAAAGGUGGCAACAUGUCUGCAGACAGGGAUGAGUGGGCCCCGGAGGAACAGGAGACUGUCACCAGCAAAUUGCAACGUAAAAUGAAGCAGUCCCCUCUUGUCCCAGUGGGCCUGGCUGGCUUUUUCGUCAUAGUAGCUUAUGGCCUUUACCGUCUGAAGGAAAGGGGCAACAUUAAGAUGUCUGUUCACCUGAUUCAUACACGGGUCGCUGCUCAGGCCUGUGUGGUAGGAGCUACUGCUCUGGGGACAACCUACACAAUGUACAAGGAAUACAGACAGCGGCAGAAGGCAGAGAGGGAAGACCUGCAACGAAUCGAAGGAAACUCUACCAAGGAAUAGACUAUACAACCAACUAUCACAGGGAACCAACACUUGUAUUUUUCAUCUGAUUGGUUACUCUCAAAUUUACAGUCUUGCAAAGCUAGAAUAUAAAACAAAAUAUAUUCAUCAUA